GCCACCUGUAGCUGGUUACUGCCUCUGCUCAGAUCAACCCUUAGUCUCGUCCCACUUUCCCUCCCACAAUGAGGCACAUGCAGAUUGCCCCCCGGGCCGCGGGAACUGGCGGCAGCGUGGUGAAGCAAGGCAUUGUGAGGGGACCGCAGUACGCCAGGGUUGUUGGAGCGCGCAAGACGCGAAUCCCUGAGAGAGAGGCUGCAGUAACCAGAUCUAAGGUGGCAAGUGCGCUUCAUCUCCAACCUCAAGAGCGCCAGGCCUUCUACAGGCUCCUAGAAAAUGAACUGAUUCAACAAUUCCUGUCUAUGGAUGCCUGUUUAAGAAUCUCAGACAAGUAUCUUCUUGCAAUGGUCUUGGUGUACUUCAAACGUGCAGGCAUCUACGCCAAUGAAUACUCCACCAUGAACUUCUUUGUUGCUCUUUACUUGGCUAAUGACAUGGAAGAGGAUGAGGAGGAUUAUAAAUAUGAAAUAUUCCCAUGGGCCUUGGGGGACUCUUGGAGGGAGUUGUAUCCUCAGUUUCUGCAGCUACGGGACAGGUUUUGGGCAAAGAUGAACUACAGAGCAGUUGUGAGUCGGAGACUCUGCGAUGAGGUGAUGUCUAAGGAUCCCACUCACUGGGCCUGGUUCCGAGACCGUCCAAUGCACCAUAGUGGGGCGCUAAGAAGUUACCUAAGGAACGAGGAUGAUCUGUUUCCACGUGGGCCAGGCUUCACCCCUGCCAGCUGUGCACUUUGCUGCAGGACCUGCAGCAGUGAAUCUGAAAUGGGGACAGACGGCAGCUCCUCACCAGAGCAAGAGCUGAAUUUUUCUAAUGGACAGUGGCCCCAAGACCUUGUGUUGUCUUCAGAACUGUUACUAGACCCAGAGUCCACGUAUGACCUUCACAUCUUUCAGGAACCAUUGGUUGGACUAGAGCCCGGGGGAGCAGCGUUGGACUGGCAUCUCUAA